GCAAACGUUGUUGCAUGGGUUUUCUUUCAUCAUGAAAAGCUCCAAAGAAGCUGUGCAGGCUGCUGCCAAAGAGUUUCUUAAUUUUGUCAAUAAGGGAGUUUCACCUUACCAUGUGGUGGAGGAGUGUAAAUCUCGCCUGCUGAAGGCUGGUUUUACUGAGCUCAAGGAGGCUGAGCAUUGGGACAUUAAACCUGCCAGUAAGUACUUUGUUACCAGGAAUUACUCCACCAUUAUUGCUUUUGCUGUCGGUGGUCUCUACAAGCCUGGAAAUGGUUUUUCCAUGAUCGGGGCUCAUACGGACAGUCCAUGUCUGAGGGUAAAGCCACGCUCUAAGAAGACAAAGUUGGGCUUCUUGCAGAUAGGAGUGGAGUGUUAUGGAGGAGGAAUCUGGAACACUUGGUUUGAUCGUGACCUGACCAUCGCAGGUCGUGUAAUGGUUAAGGCAGAGAAGCAUCACCCUGCGCUGAUCCAGAUGCUGUGUGGACAUCUCGGGGUCGAGCCAAAUGCUUUACUGGACUUUGAGCUCUGUCUGACAGACACGCAGCCUGGUGCACUAGGAGGUGUCUAUGAAGAAUUCAUCUUCUCUCCUCGUCUGGACAACCUGCACAGUUGUUUCUGUGCUCUCACGGCUCUCAUGGACUCCAGCACACCUGAUUCUCUAGCAAAAGAUCCAAACAUCCGUGUGGUUACUCUAUAUGACAACGAAGAGGUGGGGCUGAGAGCUCUCAGGGAGUUGAUUCUGCGGCGUCUUGCUUCAACGCCUGACAAUCUGACCGCCAUUCAGGAGGCAGUGCCACUGUCCUACAUGAUCAGUGCGGACAUGGCACAUUUUGCACACCCUAACUACCAGGAGAAACAUGAGGAAAAUCACAGGCCUGCAUUUCAUAAGGGUCCAGUCAUAAAGUUUAACAGUAACCAGCACUAUGCUACCACUGCUGUAACUGCUGCCAUAUUACGAGAGAUUGCUGGAAAAGUGGCCGUACUUCUACAGGAUGUGAUGGUCAGGAAUGACAGUCCAUGUGGAACAACGAUUGGGCCGAUUUUAGCAGCUCGUUUAGGAAUGGCAGUUCUUGAUCUCAGGGCACCUCAACUUGCCAUGCACUCCAUUCGUGAAAUGUGCUGCACAACGGGAGUUCUCCAGACCACCACCCUCUUUAAGGGCUUCUUUGAGCACUUCCCCUUUAUAAGAAGCACAGUAACUGUGGACUAGACUGUGAGAGGGACUCACCAGAACCACACAGAUGGGAUUCAUGGACGUCAUUAAUAGGGAAAUCAAUAUCACUUUUUCCACUUUCAUUCAUUUUGACAUCAUAUCCAUCACUGCCAUCUGUCUAUUUCUUUACAAAUGUCCAUUCAUUUAUCACUUGGUGAGUUUGCACACUCCUAUACUGUGGCACUUGAGAAGUGUUGCCAUACACUCUACUUUGUGAAGUUGUUAAUAAAACCAAUAAACU